GAAAUUUUGAAGUUGGCAUUUAUUUGUUGGAUCAAAUUUUAACACCCAAUCUCACCCUAUUUGCUCAUGCAUGUUCAUGCUUGAUUACAACGACGGUGGCGCCUAGUCUCUUCCGCUUUGGAUUCUUUCGUUACCCAUACUGAGUUGGAUUCGAAGCUGUAUGGAUCCUCGUGCAUUUGGGUUUCGAUUCGGAGUUUGAAGCUAUUUUAAACAAUGGGUUCAUUGAAAUUCAUCAAGAUAUUGAUGGAGGGUGAAGGGUUCAAGAACAGAGAAGCUUUAGAUGCUGACAAUGGCGAAGAAUCGGAGACACCCACAUGGAGCCAAUAUUCAAGAGAUGACUGAGCCAAGGAUAGCUUAAAAUAAUAGCAAUAAGUUUCCCACGCACCUGCAAUCGCAAGCUGUUUUAACCUUUUCCUGCUCUGUGUUUGAAUCAAAAUUGAUCUCUGAGUCUUUGACCCUUUGUCUCUGUAGGAACAGGGGCGCUACCGAGCUCCAAAAUGGAGGCUCAAAACGCGCCAUUGCUGCAGCACCUUCGUCAUGCCGGCGAAGACGAGGCUAAGGGGAGAGUCCGGUGGUGGAACAGAGUCAUUGACGUUGACGAGGCCAAGACCCAGUUCUUGUUUUCGCUUCCCAUGAUUGUUACUAAUGCUUCCUAUUACUUAAUACCUUUAAUUUCCGCCAUGUUCGCCGGUCAUCUUGGUGACCUCGAGCUCGCCGGUGCAACUCUUGGCAACUCCUGGGCCACCGUCUCUGGAUUUGCUUUCAUGAUUGGACUUAGUGGAGCACUAGAGACACUUUGUGGCCAAGCGUUUGGUGCCAAACAAUAUGGGAAGCUGGGCUUAUAUCUGCAAGCCUCUUGCAUUGUGUCCUUGUUCUUCUUUGUUAUCUUAUCUGUCUUAUGGUACUACACCGAGUCUCUCCUUAUUUUACUCCAUCAAGACCCUGCCAUAUCAAGACUUGCUGCUACCUAUGUCAAGUUUCUAAUUCCAGGCUUAUUUGCUCAUGGACUUCUGCAAAACCUUCUGAGAUUUCUUCAAACUCAGUCUAUUGUUGAGCCCUUGGUUGUCUUCUCAGCUGUGCCUAUGUUCAUCCACAUUUGUAUAGCAUAUGCUUUGGUGAAUUGGACGUGUCUUGGAAUCAGGGGACCUGCCUUGGCAGGUUCCAUUUCCUUGUGGAUAUCUUGCCUGAUGUUGGGGACAUAUAUGUUUAAGACAAACAAGUUUGAGCAAACAUGGGAAGGAUUUUCGUCUGAAUCUUUGAGCUACUUUCUCAUGACGCUCGAACUAGCCAUCCCGUCUGCAGCAAUGGUUUGUUUGGAGUACUGGGCCUUUGAAAUUUUGGUGUUCUUAGCUGGGGUGAUGCCAGACUCAGAAAUAACUACCUCACUAAUUGCAAUGUGCGACAAUACCGAAUGUAUCGCCUUCACUAUCACGUACGGCCUAAGCGCUGCUACAAGCACAAGGGUGGCGAACGAGCUCGGAGCAGGCAAUUCUAGCAAAGCUAAGAGAGCUAUGUUCGUGUCUCUUGAGCUAUCUCUCCUCCUCACGCUCGUGGUUCUUCUAGCGUUAGGAUUUGGGCAUAGUAUCUGGUCUAGCUUCUUCAGUAAUAGUCCUAAGAUAGAGAAGGAAUUUGCUUCAAUGGUCCCUUUUCUUCUGGUGUCAAUACUCUUGGAUUCAGUACAAGGAGUGGUAUCAGGCGCGGCAAGGGGCUGUGGCUGGCAGCAUUUGGCUACUUACAUAAGCCUCCCGACGUUCUACGUCGUCGGGCUCACGACGUCGGCCGUUCUUGGUUUUCAUUCGAAGCUAUACGCCAAGGGCUUAUGGAUUGGCUUAACUUGUGGCCUUGCCUGCCAAACUAUUGCCCUUUUGCUGCUAACAUUUAGAGGAAAGUGGGAAGGAAUAGAUGUAAAAGGAACCAAAACUCCUGUUCUUCGUCGAUUCGAGUUCGAAUAGCAACAUCGUCUCGAGAAUAUCGUCCAUACGCUUGAAACAAGAAGAAACUUAUUUAAAUGUCGGACAACUUUCUUGUAACAUACUACAACCCCAGGUGGCGAAGAGCUAACAUCGAGGUGCCAAACCUUCUCGUCGAUGUGAGCUCUUGGGGAAGAUCAGCCUAUUAUCCUUAGAGUAACUUUUAUCCAUUGAGCAACAACCCUUCCACUCGGCACCGUCAAAUCACUAAGGUCGAUUACAACACAUUUUUGUAGUAUAAAUAAAUUCGAUUGGUAAUAAAUUUAUCGAUUUAAAUAUACAUAAAAAAAUAAUUAAAUUUUAGCAAUAUUAUUGUGGGUCCCACC